AACACUUCCAUGUGAUCCUCGGGGAAGACGGAGCGCAGGCAGAGGGCAGUGCUGAAAAGCCUCCACGCCAGGAAGAGAGCGCCUCUCCCCCUACCCCGUCUGCUCCCCAUGCUAAGAGGACACUGGUCGCCUCUGAUAAAAUCCCAAGGGACGCUGGGCACCGCGCAUCGCCAUGGGCAAUGAGAACAGCACCACGGAUAACCAGCCACAGAACCCCAGCUCGCGCAACGUCAUCCUGUGGCCUCCAAACCCUGGGCCUCCACAGAGGACUUCGUCCGCUCAGAGUCCCGGAGCACUCCAGCCCCCUGGGAAUGGUCAGAAUAUAGAAAGGAAGCUGGAGGAGAAGCCCAGGAGCACCGACCGUGGACACAUGCCCAGUGUUGAGCACGGAGGCUCCCACGCCGCUCCUGAGGGUGCCACCAGCUUGGAUCUGGGCAUCGCGUCCCCAGAGGUGACUGAACCCAGGAAGCACCUGCAGAAAUCCUGGGGCCCAGAAGGUUCUCCACUGCCCAGCCCACCAGCGCCCUGGGAGCAGGAGAGCCCCUCGGGCUCCGUGCCCUUUGCCGAGAGCCCCCCGACAGCUUGCUCGGCAAGCCCACCGGCUACACCUGAAGGCUGGCCCCUCGUUCGGCCCCUCGCUCAGCACCUCAGGAGGAAAUCUUCUCCAAAUGUCCAGGGGGGCGCCCUGGCAGCGUUUGCCUUUCCAGGGGACGGCCCCGCCCAGUACAGUGUGGCUGCCAUUGUCCCCAGUGCUGGAAGAGAGAACGACCUAAGGGAAGAGGGGCACCUGCCCUUUGCCGAGAGCCCCCCCGAAGCCUGCUCGGCAAGCCCGCCGCCCGCCCCUGAACACUGGCCCCUCGUGCGGCCGUCUGCCCGGCACCUCAGGAGGAAAUCUUCUCCAAAUGUCCAGUGGGGCGCUCUGGCAGCGUCUGCCUCUCAAGGGGACGGCCCUUCUCAGCACAGUGCGGUUGCCAACGUCCCCAGUGCUGGAAGAGAGAGAGACCCAAAGGAAGAGGGGCGGAAGCCGGCUUCCUCCAGUUCCAGUGACCAGUUGCCCGGAAUUUCACCAGUGCCCCGCAGCGAGCCGGUGGAGGCACAGCUGGCUGCAGAGGACAGCCGGCCUGGUGGUUGCAGCUCCCAAAGGAAAGAGGCCGCGGGUGGCCUCCCUCCACCAGAGUCUGGAGUACAAGUGGCCCCCACGAGCCCUUCUGCAGCCCAGUCAGUCAAGGAGAGCUCAGCGGGCCUGGAGGAGGGCCCCCCAGCGCCCGAGACCCCUGCCCCACAAGAGCCAGCCCCCGGAGCCUCAGCCUGCCAAGCAGAGAUGCCGCUGCAGGACUCAGUCGCUGACUCAGGGUCCCUCGGGGCCUGCUGUCCCACUGGGAGCAAUUCAGGGGCUGCCCCAGAAGCUGAGGCCACCGCUGCUCCCCAGGAAAGCGGCCAGCAGCAAAUGGGGCCACAACCGCCACGCACGGAG